CCUUCCUCCUCCUCCGCCCCCUCCCCUCUCCCUUCCCGAGCACUGCCGAGGCCGCCUCCCACCCGCGGGAUCCCGGCGGCCGCCAGCCAGCUCCUGCGUCCGUCCGUCGGCCGGGCAGUCUGUCCACGCGCGGAAAGCUCGGCGCGGCGGCCGAGGGGCCUGGGAGGGAACGGGCGCGGAGGCAGGACCGCGGCUCCCUCCCACUCCGGGGGGAGCCCAGAAGGCGGCGGUGCUGGAGCGCGAGCCGGAGCCGGAGCCGGAGACGAAGAGAGGCGGUCGCGAGCACGAGUGGGGUGGGGCGUGCCCACGGGCCCCCGCCCCCCUCGUCCCCCUCGUCCCCCUCGUCCCCCAGCCCAGCUCCGGAGCCGCAGUCCAGGCGCACCCCCCCGGGGGUCCGCGCCGCACCCCUCCCCCGUGUGUUCUGCAGCCACCCAGGCCUUCCAGGACACCGUGGAGAGGGAACAAGGGGGCAGGGACGCCCCCUUCAGCAGGAGCCGUCGGAGAAGGGGGCCCGGACUGGAGGGAGGCAAGAAGCCCCACUGAAGCCAGGCGUAGGGUCUGGGACGUAGUUGGGAGGGCACUGACUGAGAGCCGCAGGAGCAGCAGGCUGUGGCCCAGGCCUCCUGGGUGACAGGCCCUGUCUGGCGGGGAAGAGGGACCGGAGACAACACUGAAGAGGCUGGACCUAGAACGGGGGCGUCUGCCUCGCUCCCUACCUGAGCCAGCCGAGGGGGCCAAGGACUUUAGAGCUGUUUCCUCCGGCAUAAGAGAGACACUUGCUUUCCAGGGCAGCACCCUUUAUCCGAGAAGGCUCUCCAGGGAAGAGGUCUUUGCAGCCUGGAUGGCCACCCCACAUUCCUUUAACGGAGGCCUCUAGGCCUCAGAGAGAACCCAGAGUUAGAAAGGAGGCCAGACGGUCCUUGCUGUCCCCCUGGGGAGAGAGGAAGUUGCCGCCUGCUGCCAGGCCCAGGAGUAGCUGGGCCUGCAAUAGUGGGGACCUGGCCCCUGAAGCAGUGGCGGCCAUGUCACGGCCAGGCCACGGUGGGCUGAUGCCUGUGAAUGGUCUGGGCUUCCCACCGCAGAACGUGGCCCGGGUGGUGGUGUGGGAGUGGCUGAAUGAGCACAGUCGCUGGCGGCCCUACACGGCCACCGUGUGCCACCACAUUGAGAACGUGCUGAAGGAGGACGCUCGCGGCUCCGUGGUCCUGGGGCAGGUGGACGCCCAGCUUGUGCCCUAUAUCAUUGACCUGCAGUCCAUGCACCAGUUUCGCCAGGACACAGGCACCAUGCGGCCGGUGCGGCGCAACUUCUACGACCCGUCGUCGGCGCCGGGCAAGGGCAUCGUGUGGGAGUGGGAGAACGACGGCGGUGCAUGGACGGCCUACGAUAUGGACAUCUGCAUCACCAUCCAGAACGCCUACGAGAAGCAGCAUCCGUGGCUCGACCUCUCGUCGCUGGGCUUCUGCUACCUCAUCUACUUCAACAGCAUGUCGCAGAUGAACCGCCAGACGCGCCGGCGCCGCCGCCUGCGCCGCCGCCUGGACCUCGCCUACCCGCUCACCGUGGGCUCUAUCCCCAAGUCGCAGUCGUGGCCCGUGGGCGCCAGCUCGGGCCAGCCCUGCUCCUGCCAGCAGUGCCUGCUGGUCAACAGCACGCGCGCCGCCUCCAACGCCAUCUUGGCCUCGCAGCGCCGCAAGGCACCCCCCGCGCCCCCGCUGCCGCUGCCGCCGCCGCCCCCUGGAGGGCCUCCAGGCGCGCUCGCCGUGCGCCCCAGCGCCACCUUCGCAGGCGCCGCGCUCUGGGCAGCGCCCGUCACCGGCCCCGCCGAGCCCGCGCCGCCUCCCGGGGCGCCCCCACGGAGCCCGAGCGCCCCCGGCGGCGCGCCCACCCCGGGGCAGAACAACCUCAACCGGCCCGGGCCCCAGCGCACCACCAGCGUGAGCGCGCGCGCCUCCAUCCCGCCGGGGGUCCCCGCGCUCCCGGUGAAGAACUUGAAUGGUACCGGGCCGGUCCAUCCGGCCCUGGCAGGGAUGACCGGGAUACUGCUGUGCGCGGCCGGGCUGCCCGUGUGCCUGACGCGGGCCCCCAAGCCCAUCCUGCACCCGCCGCCAGUGAGCAAGAGCGACGUGAAGCCCGUGCCCGGCGUGCCCGGGGUGUGCCGCAAGACCAAGAAGAAGCACCUUAAAAAGAGUAAGAAUCCCGAGGAUGUGGUUCGAAGAUACAUGCAGAAGGUGAAAAAUCCACCUGAUGAGGACUGCACCAUCUGCAUGGAGCGGCUGGUCACAGCGUCAGGCUACGAGGGCGUGCUUCGACACAAGGGUGUGCGGCCUGAGCUCGUGGGCCGCCUGGGCCGCUGCGGCCACAUGUACCACCUGCUGUGCCUCGUGGCCAUGUACUCCAAUGGCAACAAGGAUGGCAGUCUGCAGUGCCCCACCUGCAAGGCCAUCUACGGGGAGAAGACGGGUACGCAGCCGCCUGGGAAGAUGGAGUUCCACCUCAUCCCCCACUCGCUGCCCGGCUUCCCUGACACCCAGACCAUCCGCAUCGUCUACGACAUCCCCACGGGCAUCCAGGGCCCUGAGCACCCCAACCCCGGGAAGAAGUUCACCGCAAGAGGAUUCCCUCGCCACUGCUAUCUACCCAACAAUGAGAAAGGCCGGAAGGUGCUGCGGCUGCUCAUCACGGCCUGGGAGAGAAGACUCAUCUUCACUAUCGGCACCUCCAACACCACGGGCGAGUCGGACACCGUGGUGUGGAACGAGAUCCAUCACAAGACCGAGUUUGGAUCCAACCUCACGGGCCACGGCUACCCGGACGCUAGCUACCUAGACAACGUGCUGGCCGAGCUCACAGCCCAGGGUGUAUCCGAGGCUGCAGCCAAGGCCUGAGGCCCAAGGCUGCCCACCUUCCUUCCUGCUUUGCCCCUGGUCCGGCAAAUGCCUCCUUCGCCAGGUGUGUCCUGGUGGCCCAGGUUCAGGGCUGGGGAGGAGCCUGCGGAAGGAGCCGCAGCCAUUCAGGGGACCUGCCUGGUGGCAGCUGGGAUGAAGAGAGAUGGCAUGUCAGGCUGGCUCCGAAUCAUAGCUCCCUGAGAGGGCCGUGCAGAGAGUACUGGAAACCUCCCUACCAAAAAGACAGAGACCCGCCCCCUCACACACAAACACACAUGUCCUGUUGAACUCAUGCACGCACACCCACGUGCCUCUACUUGCCCCCAGGCUGGAAGAGAAGAGACAGAAAGACCCCAUGAUCCCCCCUAUGUGGAUCCCCAUCUGUGUCUCGGUUGCAUCUGUACAGCCUUGUCUGCAAACUGGAGGAUGCAGGGCAAGCCCUUAGGGGCCUGCCAGGGCUCGGGGGACAAACAGGGACUUGGGAAACUCAGUGUACCCCCGAUGCCUCACCCAUUCCAUGUCUUCACCCAUGUCUGCCACCCACUGGUUGGGCAAUUGUGGGCCCAUGGGGUGGAAGCCCCCAGAUGACUGGGCAGUUCUACAAAAGAAUGGCCAGCGCAAGCGGGGACUAGAGGGUCCUGCUUUUAUGUUUGUCCCUCUUCAUCUCUCUGGACUCUGAUCCGCUUCUCCCUUCCCAUCUCCAGGCCUUCUGUCUGUCCCAGAUAAAGGCACUGUUCUCCCAUCCUCCCUAUCCCAUCCUCUCCACCAAAUUGCUCCCAAUUUUGAGAGCCAAAGGCUGGCGCUUCUGACUUCAGGAGCGAGAGGAGGAGGCCUAGUUUGGGCCCAUGUAUUUUAAAGCAGAGUGGACAGCAGAGAGUCAAUUUCCCUUUCGUUGGGAGUGGGCAGUGGGGUGGCUAAUCGUCUCCGGCCAACCAGGGGCCCGUUGCCCAGGCAAUUCACCAGCUCUGCCUCUGCUGAUUGGCUGCCACGGUGGGAGUCAGCCAAGAUUUAAAGGUAUGCCAGCGAUUGCUGUUUUCAAAACCUACCAGUCCCACUGUGGGUGGAGAAAUAAAUGGUCUUUCUCCUCCUC